CUGAAAGAGAUAGAUGCUAAAAAGAUUAUGAGAGCAAUGUUGUCUUAUGUGUGGCCCAAAGACAGACCAGACCUGCGAGCCAGAGUAGCCAUAUCUCUGGGGUUUUUAGCAAGUGCAAAGGCCAUGAAUAUAUUGGUUCCCUUCAUGUUUAAAUAUGCAGUAGACAACCUCAACCAGGUAUCUGGAAACAUGCUCAACCUCACCGAUGCACCAAAUACAGUGGCAACUGUGGCAACUGCUGUUCUCAUUGGCUAUGGUAUCUCAAGAGCUGGGGCAGCAUUAUUUAAUGAAGCUAGAAAUGCAGUAUUUGGGAAAGUAGCUCAAAAUUCAAUCAGAAGGAUAGCGAAGAAUGUUUUUCUGCACCUUCAUAACCUGGAUUUGGCAUUCCAUCUAAGUAGGCAAACCGGAGCGCUGUCAAAAACCAUCGACAGAGGAACAAGAGGCAUCAGUUUUGUUCUUAGCGCUUUAGUAUUUAACCUGGGACCUACGAUGUUUGAAGUAGCACUAGUCAGUGGAAUUCUGUAUUACAAAUGUGGUGCAGAGUUUGCUUUGGUAACCCUGGGGACACUGGGAGCCUACGCAGCAUUCACAAUAGGAAUUACACAGUGGAGGACUAAGUUUCGAAUAGAAAUGAACAAAGCCGAUAAUGAUGCAGGUAAUGCUGCAAUUGACUCGCUACUAAAUUACGAGACUGUGAAGUAUUUCAAUAAUGAAAAAUAUGAAGCCCAACGGUAUGAUCAAUUCUUGAAGACAUAUGAAAAUGCCUCCCUGAAGACUACCUCUACUUUAGCUCUCCUGAACUUUGGACAGAGUGCUAUAUUUAGCAUUGGCUUAACGGCCAUCAUGGUGCUUGCUAGCCAGGGCAUUGUUGCAGGCAGCCUUUCUGUUGGAGAUCUAGUAAUGGUGAAUGGAUUGCUGUUCCAGCUUUCUCUUCCCCUAAACUUCCUGGGAACAGUAUACAGAGAGACAAGACAAGCACUUAUAGAUAUGAAUACCUUGUUUACACUUCUCAGUGUAGAUACCAAAAUUAAAGACAAAGAGCUGGCUCCACCCCUGCAGAUCACACCAGAGACUGCUGCCAUCGCCUUUGAUAAUGUGCAUUUUGAAUACCUUGAGGGGCAGAAAGUCCUUGCUGGAGUGUCUUUUGAAGUCCCUGCAGGAAAGAAAGUGGCCAUUGUAGGAGGUAGUGGGUCAGGGAAAAGCACAAUUGUGAGAUUGUUAUUUCGUUUCUAUGAACCUCAGAAAGGAAAUAUUUAUGUUGCUGGACAGAACAUACAAGAUGUCAGUUUGGAAAGUCUGAGAAAGGCAAUAGGAGUUGUACCUCAGGAUGCUAUUCUCUUCCAUAAUACUAUCUAUUACAAUCUGCUCUACGGCAAUAUUGGUGCGACACCAGAAGAGGUGUAUGCAGUAGCAAAGUUGGCAGGAAUCCACGAUGCUAUUCUUCGAAUGCCAAAUGGUUACAACACUCAGGUUGGUGAACGAGGACUCAAGCUCUCAGGAGGAGAAAAGCAAAGAGUUGCAAUUGCUAGAGCAAUGUUAAAGGAGCCACCUAUUUUUCUCUAUGAUGAAGCCACAUCAUCUUUAGAUUCAAUUACAGAAGAGAAUAUUCUCAGCGCCAUGAGGGACAUGGUGAAACACCGAACAUCAGUUUUCAUUGCUCACAGGUUGUCAACAGUAGUUGAUGCAGAUGAAAUCAUUGUGCUGGAUCAGGGUAAAGUUGUGGAACGUGGUAGACAUGCAGACCUCCUUGCAAGUCCUAACAAUCUCUAUUAUGAAAUGUGGCAUACACAGAGCAGCAAAGUACUAAAUAGUCAUAACAAUCCAAAUUGGGAAGAGAGGAAUAAUCAGAUGUCCAAAGAGGAGGAAAGGAAGAAACUAGAAGAAGAAGUUAUCAAUAGUGUGAAAGGCUGUGGAAACUGUUCAUGCUGAUUAUGAUCCUGGAUUAAUCUUCUAUAGCAGGUUAAAAAUGCACAAGAUCACAAUGAAGUGCAGCUCUUGUUUCUUCGUCAGCAUUCAAAAACUUCCUGGCUUUUGCAGUUUUUGGGGUUUACAGUUUCUCAGAAGGACAUAAUUUCAACCAAAGGAAUUCUAUUUUUACAUCUUUAGAAAUCUUUAAUAUUCAAUGGCAUCUGCAAGAGCUGAGCUUUUUCAAAAACUUUAAACUUCUCAACUAAGAGUGUAGUUUGUGGCAAUUUUUAGGCAUCGGUAAAUUCUCCUGGUAGUCACUUGAGGUGGAUUAUUAAAUUGUAAACAGAUUUGU